AAAAGGCUACAGAUAAAGCCUGGUGGAGUUACACCAAGGCUGCAUUUCUAAUCCUUCUAGGAACUGGCAUUACAUUUCUGCUUGGAAAUCCUAUCAUGUCAACUCUCCAGGAGUUCUCUUCUGCUGCAAAUAUUCCCUCCUUCUUGGUUUCUUAUGUUCUCUUACCCUUUGCUAUGGGAUUCAGACAGGCAUUCAGUGCAGUAUCUUCUGCCAGAGAGAAGACAGAGCAUACAGUUUCCUUAACAUUUUCGGAGAUUUAUGCUGGAGUGUUCAUGAACAAUGCCAUGGGUUUAGCCAUCUUCUUGUUGCUUGUAUACAUUCGAGAUCUUUCAUGGAAUGUCUCCACUGAAGUUCUAGCAAUUCUAAUUAUCUGCACGGCCAUGGGACUCUUUGCGAGCUUCAGCAACAAGAUACCCUUUUGGGCGUGCAUUUUUGUUUAUCUUCUAUACCCCAUAUCUCUUCUGCUGAUGUACUUUCUGACUGAAGUUCUUGGAUGGUCUUAAGGUAGCUAUGAUCAAGAAUAUCAUAAGAGCUGGGGCUCAACGCAAUUAUGUAAGAACUUGGUGACGCUUUCAGUUGAUUAAAGUUUGUGCUGUUUUUCUUUUCUUGUAAAUGUGUUUCUGUCCAAGAGUGAAAUGAUCAUAAAAUAAAACCAUCUCCCUUUG